GGAGAGAGGGAGGGACGGCGCGGCAUAAGCUUGGGCGGGAAGUCUCGAGAGAACGUCAGUCGAAGGCCAGCUGCCUCCCAGAGUGAAGAUGCUGGGGACCGUGUGUGUCUUGGUGCUGGCAGCGGUGCAGGGGCUGGAGGCGGCAAAUCCACAGCUGUGGCGUGUGGAUGCGUCGCCCCACCACCGUGCCCUUCGCUCCCUGCAGGACGAGGGCCACGUGGAUAUAUGGGGCGGGAGCGGAAGUCACGCCCAGGUGAUGGUGGAGGAGGAGGCGAAGGAGAGGGUGAAGAGGGCGCUGCUGGAGGCCGGGUUAGACCAUAGGGUGGAGGUGGAGGACGCCCUUGCCUUGGUGGAGAGCAAGAUGCCACUCAAAAGAAGGAAAAGGGCGACUAACUUCCCGAUGGACUGGAACACAUAUCAUGACUACAAUGACAUCGAAGCGUUUAUUGGCAUGAUGAACCUCACGAGCGGGGGUUACCUGCGGGAGGAGGUCGCCACCAUUACAGGGGAGGGGCGACCGCUCAGGGUGGUGAGGGUAACGGAUCCGACCACCACGGGGCCCAAGAAGAAGAUCUGGAUUGAGGGAGGUAUCCACGCGAGGGAAUGGAUCUCACCCGCUGUCACCACUUUCCUGAUCCACCGCCUGGUCACCGAUCCCUCGUGGCAGUCAAUCCUGCGCGACACGGAGUGGUACCUGGUUCCUGUGGCCAACCCUGACGGCUACCAGUUCUCCUUCGCCGGGGACGCCAGGUCAAGGCUGUGGCGCAAGAACCGACGAGUCAACGGGGUCAACGGACGGUGCAAGGGCGUCGAUUUGAACCGAAACUGGGAUCUCAAGUGGGGCGUGGGUGCCUCUGGGAACCCCUGCAGCGAAACGUACAAGGGUCCCACUGCGUUCAGCGAGAAGGAGACACAUGGGCUGCAGAACUUGAUGAGGCAGAUUGGGGACAUCGAUUUGUUCAUCACCUUUCACAGCUUCGGCCAGACGGUGCUGUACCCCUGGGGCUGGACCGUCAAACCCCCAGCGAACGUCAAGAUGCUGAGAAGAGUCGCCAGGAAGUACACGGACACUGUCAACCAGAUAUCCAACGGUUCAACGGACUACCAGAUCGGCGGGUCCGGUCCCCUGUACGGCCUGGCGUCUGGCGCCACAGACGACUGGGCUUACGGGGAGCUCGGCGUGCCGCUCUCCUACACCAUCGAGCUGCCGGACGAUGGUCAUUACGGGUUCCUGCUGCCGGAGAACCGCAUCAGCAGCACCGUGACGGAGACGGCGGCCGGCGUGUACUGCAUGGCGAGCUUCAUCGCCAACACGGGUUCCUGUGCGUCGCGCCGCACCAGGAACCCGUCGUGGACAUUUCGUAGACCAUCACCAAGAUUCUGGGGCUGAGAUCCCGCCUCCUCCCUCCCUUUGGCGAACUAUCGUGGCGGGUGUGUUCGUCAUGGCGGCCUCCACCCGUCCUGCUAGCGGCGUCCUCCUCUUACGGGCGUUGGUUGCAGCCGCCAUUCUGUACCCUCUGUAGUUACUUAAUUUCUCAGUCACGCUGUAUAGUGGCAAGUUCAGGCCAGCACGCAUCAGGUUCGCCCAUAGCCUGAGUAGUGUGCCUGCUGAGCUUUGUCUUCUGCUGUAAUCAUGCUCUGUCAUGCCCAAUUCUGCCCCUACACACGUCGCCACCUGUCCUCGCUCGCAGGGGAAAAAUUUAUAUUCUCAGAAACGUCCAAAUAAUGUCACAACUUCUCGUAAUUAUUAAAUAGUUCACAUCAAACAACUCCAAGCUACGAGUUUUGUUGAGGGAUUUGCUGUGAACUGUUGUUUAUUGUGUUCGAACGCUGCCUGACCACUUCUAUUGCGUCAUUCUGGCUACUCACGCCGCGGCAGGCACUCUUGCGACUCUUGUCCUCAACUGUCCUCUUAGCGUCGCUAGACACGGUGAGUAGCGAGGGCCAGGCUGCAGGAGUGUGAGGUGUGGGCCCGUAUUUCAGAAGCAUUGCUCUCUCACCACCACUGUUUUCAAAGGGCACAGAGAUGAUUUACCGGGAUCCCAAGACUUCCUCCUGUUAGAAAUGUAGAAAUCUUGUUAAUGUGUGAAAUGUAGAAAUCUAGUUAAUGUGUCACUAGAAACCUAAAAACACCCUUAAAGCCUUUUGAAAGUAAUGGAGGUGCGGCGUAGAAGUGUCUCAUUAUACUGACUUAGGAGCGAGCACUGGAAAAGAAGAGGAUAAUGAACGCACUAAUAAGCGCAAGAAACAAAAAAGAAGUAUAGACAUAAAAGUACUUCAGAUGGGACCAUUAGUUUAGAAUUUGUUGUAAUGUAUGCGUGGAAAUAAUUUGCAUUGUAGAUCCUCCUGUGACCAGUUGACAAAUUUUAGCUUCGCAUCAGGAUCAUACGAAACACUUAACACGCCUCACCUCCACUACAUUCAGACUGUUCUAGAUGAAGUUGUACAGGUUUUUGAGGACGUUUUCACAUUUCUAGUAGCAGAUUAACAUGACGUACAUUAUUAAAAGGAAAAACAGUCUUGAUAACCCGGCUUUUGAAAACAGUGGAGAGAAAGCAAAACAUUUCAUGAGACGGGCCAAGCACUCCAUUGAUGCAACCUCCUCUUCCUCUUCCUUCAUCAGUGUCAGUUGCUGGGACAAGAGAGUGCGUUGUGCUAACUGCUGAUGUGUCAGAGCAUGAUGACCACGUGCUAUUAUUAUUAUUAUUAUUAUUAUUAUUAUUAUUAUUAUUAUUAUUACUAUUGUAGUCUUUUCGCGUCUAAUUUUUGAGCGUUAGAGAAGAUAAAAUUUUCGUGGUAGAUUUUUUCUUCUCUCCGUUUAUUAUUAUUAUUAUUAUUAUUAUUAUUAUUAUUAUUAUUAUCAUUAUUAUUAUUAUUAUUAUUAUUAUUAUUAUUAUUAUUAUUAUUACUAUUAUUAUUAUUAGUGUUUUUUUUUCUUCGGCCCAUCACCACCAUCGCCAUCACUACCAUCAUCCACAACAGCCUCCUCCGUGCGCCUACACCAUAAACACCACCACCAUCACCAUCAUCAUCAUCGUUUUAAAUUAUAGUAACAACAGUAAAUGUCUGUGCAGUUAUAUUCUGUAGGUACACCAGUGGCAUUAUAAUUGUAAGCUGAUAUGUAACUGGAUGAAGAGCAAUUAGGAAGCUACGUCAUAUUUAUGGUGGUGAAAUUUUGUGGCAAUGUUGACACGCUUGUGUAUCGUACCAGUUGUGACAAUUGUUGUACUGUGUUCGUGCCUUUUUUUUUUCCCUCUCCAAUUAUAUGUUUUUUUAUAGAAGCCUAUCUACGUAUAUUUGCUUCUCGUAGUUAUUUUGUGUCGCUUGAUAAGUUGCAUAUUAUUUAUUAUGUUACUUUAAGUUAUAUAUAUAUAUAUAUAUAUAUAUAUAUAUAUAUAUAUAUAUAUAUAUAUAUAUAUAUAUAUAUAUAUAUAUAUAUAUAUAUAUAUAUAUAUAUAUAUAUAUAUGACAGUCGCACUUAUUUGUUUGGUGAAGUGAAUCAUGAAGCAAAGUUCGAAACUUGGAAUUGUUCUUAGCUUCACACAUGACACAUUUAAGGUUCAUUUGGGGCUUCAAAUGAGAUCUUGAGCCAAAUUAGGUUGAGCAUAUUUUUCUUAUCAUCAUUGUAAGAAAGGGAAAGGUAGUUAUGGUCAGUAUUAUCUUAUGUCAUACCAAUAUUUCGUACCCAUGUUGAAGAUGAAACUAGUUCGAUUUGUUAUCCUAUUGUCAACGAGACGGUGAAGGAGGUCAUAACAGGUCAUGGCAGCUGUAUACACGUGACCUCUGAUAGCCUUCUACCUCAGUUACUUGUCUCCGUGAAUAAAGCGCAGUGAUAACA